CUCUCGGGGGCCGGUGUCGCUGGUCGUCCUUGCCUGGGACAGCCCACCAUGGCCUCAGACCACCAGACCCAAGUGGGCAAGCCACAGCCCCUCAACCCCAAGAUCAUCAUCUUUGAGCAGGAGAACUUCCAAGGCCACUCCCACGAGCUCAGCGGGCCCUGCCCCAACCUGAAGGAGACCGGCGUGGAGAAGGCGGGCUCAGUCCUGGUGCAGGCUGGACCCUGGGUGGGCUACGAGCAAGCCAACUGCAAGGGUGAGCAGUUUGUGUUCGAGAAGGGUGAGUACCCCCGCUGGGACUCCUGGACCAGCAGUCGGAGGACGGACUCCCUCAGCUCCCUGAGGCCCAUCAAAGUGGACAGCCAGGAGCACAAAAUCAUCCUCUACGAGAACCCCAACUUCACGGGGAAGAAGAUGGAGAUCAUAGACGAUGACGUGCCCAGCUUCCACGCCCACGGCUACCAGGAGAAGGUGUCCUCCGUGCGGGUGCAGAACGGCACGUGGGUCGGCUACCAGUACCCUGGCUACCGCGGGCUGCAGUACCUGCUGGAGAAGGGGGAUUACAAGGACAGCAGUGACUUUGGGGCCCCCCACCCCCAGGUGCAGUCUGUGCGCCGCAUCCGCGACAUGCACUGGCACCAACGGGGCGCCUUCCACCCCUCCAGCUAA